ACGGCGGAAUACCUUCAUUUGUUUUAACCAUUCAAUGACUUGCUGCUUUUUUUAAAUAUUUAAUUAAAUCAUUCUCGCAAAAUACUGGUGUGUUAGCGUGUUAUCUUGUUAGUGUGGUGAUAUUUCAUUCUUGUUUAACUCUCACCAAAAGUCAGAUAUCGUUGACUGAAAUUUAAAAAUCAUGCAUCGGCAUUCUUCGAAUUUUUAAACACACACGUCUUGCAAUAAAAAGCCAUUAUUUUUAUCAAUAGAGUUCGAUAAUAUUCAUACACAUUGAAAAUAUGGAUAUUCUGAAAAAUAUUUCAUACUGUCCACCAAAUGUGUCGAUUCACGACAUUUGGGUGGACCAUGGAAUUUCACAUUGUUUUCUCGACACUGUAAGCUCGGCUGUGUUAGCUGGAUUUAUUGUGAUAUUCGGAUCGGUUCAAUUGCUUAUGUAUCGAAGAUAUGCAAUUCCAAUUGAAAAUGCAUCACAAAUAUCCACAUCGAAAUUAUACUGUUUACAAUUAAUUCUGUUGACCCUCAUUCCGUCGCUGUCGGUUUUGAGGUUCAUUCUUGAAUCGUUCCUAUUCCCAGAUGCUCAUCUUUAUGGAUACACGAUUGUGGCUUCAUCAUUAACGUGCCUAUCAUUUUUAUUUUCAAUUUGGCUCGUAUUGAAAGAAAGAUUUUACAUGCUUCCCGUCCUGACGAGAGGACACGGCUUAGUUUUGCUCGUAUUUUGGACGCUUGUUUUUAUCAAUGAAAACAUUUCGAUAAUGAAUUUGAAGAAGGAAAUGUGGUGGAUACAUGUCUUUGCAACGCUACGUGACAAAGUUGAGAUGUUGAUGUUUGUAAUGCGAUACACGAGCUGCUUGCUCAUUUUUGUUAUCGGCCUUAAAGCGCCGGGCAUAGCAUUGAAUCAUGAAGACGAUUAUAUUCAUCUGGAAAACGAUGGAAAUAAUAUGGAACGCUCUACUUGGGCAAAUGGAUGGAGAAAAUUGCGAACAUUGAUGCCAUUUUUGUGGCCAAAAAAAAGUGUUGCGCUACAAUGCCGUGUUUUGUUUUGCAUUGUUUUACUUAUAGCGGGACGCUUUAUAAAUGUACUAGUGCCGGUUUAUAAUCAAAAGAUAGUUGACAGUCUCGGAGAGAAUGUAUUCUGUUGGGAUUGGAUAUUGAUUUAUGUUGGAUUCAAAUUUUUGCAAGGAGGUGGCACCGGAUCGAUGGGCCUAUUAAAUAAUCUUCGAUCAUUUUUAUGGAUUCGAAUCCAGCAGUUUACGACACGUGAAAUUGAAGUUGAACUAUUUUCGCAUUUACAUAAUUUGUCGCUGAGAUGGCAUUUGGCACGGAAAACGGGAGAAGUUCUUCGCGUUAUGGAUAGAGGCACCGACUCAAUUAAUAAUCUACUCAAUUAUAUUCUGUUCUCGAUUACUCCGACAAUCGUCGAUAUUUUGAUCGCUGUUGUUUUCUUCUCAGUCACAUUCAAUUGGUAUUUCGGUCUAAUCGUAUUCAUUACGAUGGUUCUUUAUAUAGCGCUGACAAUAUUGGUGACUGAAUGGCGAACAAAAUUUCAGAGACGAAUGAACUUAGCUGAUAAUGCACAGAAAGCACGUAGCGUUGAUUCAUUGUUGAACUUUGAAACGGUGAAAUACUAUGGAGCUGAAAAAUAUGAAGUUGAAGCAUAUCGUGAUGCAAUUUUAAACUAUCAGAAAGAAGAAUUCAGUUCAAUUCUGACACUGAAUAUAUUAAAUACAGCGCAAAAUAUUGUAAUAUGUGGUGGUUUGCUAGCUGGAUCAAUUCUUUGUGCUUAUUUAGUUGCGAAUGAGGGAACGCUUACGCCCGGACAGUAUGUGUUGUUCGCAUCAUACAUUAUUCAAUUGUACGUGCCGCUCAAUUGGUUCGGCACAUUUUAUCGGCAAAUUCAAAAGAAUUUCGUCGACAUGGAAAAUAUGUUUGAUCUUAUGAAAGAAGAGCAAGAAGUUGUUGAUGCACCAAAUGCACGUGAUCUAUCGCCGGUCCGAGGAUCAAUAGAUUUUUCGAAUGUUACAUUCGGCUACACUCCAGAUCGCACGAUUUUGAAGAAUGUCUCGUUUUCUGUUCCGCAAGGAAAAACUGUUGCUCUCGUUGGUCCAUCCGGCUCUGGCAAAAGUACAAUCAUUCGUCUUUUGUUUAGAUUCUAUGACAUUCACGGCGGAACAAUAUGUGUGGAUGGUGAAAAUAUUAAAAACGUUCAACAAAGUUCAUUGCGUCGAGCAAUCGGAGUCGUCCCACAAGAUACCGUUCUUUUCAACAAUUCUAUCAAAUAUAAUAUACAAUAUGGGCGACUGAGUGCAUGCGAUGCGGAUGUAAUUUCGGCUGCUCGUGCUGCUGAUAUUCAUGAUAAAAUUGUGAAUUUCCCAGAAAAAUACGACACUCAAGUUGGCGAAAGAGGUUUACGCUUGAGUGGCGGUGAAAAACAAAGAGUUGCCAUUGCUCGAACCAUUCUUAAGGCGCCCGCCAUUGUAUUAUUAGACGAAGCGACAAGUGCACUGGACACACAGACUGAACGAAAUAUUCAAUCCGCUUUGUCGAAGGUCUGUGCAAAUCGAACAACGAUCAUAGUGGCACAUCGACUAUCAACAAUUAUACACGCCGAUGAAAUUUUGGUGCUGAAAGAAGGUGAAAUCGUUGAACGAGGCCGACAUGAGGCACUCUUGAAUAGAAAUGGUAUUUAUGCUGAUAUGUGGAAUCAACAGCUACGAAACGGUGAUAAUGAAGAAGUUAAUAAUUUACCAGCAAUAGAAGAUCAACAACAGAAUGGGGAACCAAAAGCUGAUUUUGAACAACGUCAUCCUCAACACCAUCAUUAAAUACUUUGAUAGUUUUUGUGAGCAAUGGACUAUAGAAAUUAAGAAAAAUUGACAGUUUUGAAAUAUUCUAUUUUUUUCUGUAUCAAAUAAUAUAUUAAAAUAUAGAGAGAAUAUUCUACACACGAA